CUGAGUUACGCAAGCCCCUUCGCCACGACAAGGCAGUGAUCCAUGAAGGGGCUGUCAUGGGUAGGUUAGAAAAAUAAAGAGUUUCCCCAGGAUAGGAAAAGGAGGUCUCUCCCCUCCCUUUCCAGCAUGGAGAAAAGUUCCACUCCAUCACCUGACGCGAAGGUGCGUAAGUCACGCAACUUUUCCAGAAGCUAACUAGGUAGGGCAUGAUGAAUUGGGGGACAUCUGGGGAGCUUCCAUUCUGCCUUUCGAAUUAAGGAAAAUGAAGAAAUCUAAGUAUGUUCUAGCUUUCUUUUUUAAUCCCUUGCUACCGUCUGGUUUUUAAAAAUCCACAUAGAGCACCACCCUACGCAGAAAGGCAGCCUUUAAUUCUCUGUGGGAGAAUUGGGUGCUGCGAGAGGAGUGCUGCUGGGAAGUGCCGGAGCACCCAGCUUGACCCGAGUUGCGGAAACGAAUGUAGAUGAUAGACAGACUGAAGUUCUUGCUCAUGAAAAGCCAGCUUCCUUGUCUUCCUUGUGCAGGAUGGAGCCAGACAUUGAAAGCCCUUUCCCUCUUUUUUUUCUCUCGAGAUUUGGAGGAAGAAUCAGAAGCCUGGGAUAACUCGGAGGAAGAAGAAGGGAAAUCUACCAGCCAGACGGAUGCCCGAGAAGCCCCGGAGCAAAUGAAGAGCCAGGCGGAUUUGGCUUUUCUGGCAGACUGCAGCAGCUGGACGGGGCCGACCAGGAGUCCGUCCGUCUUCCGUUCCCUCCGGCAUUUGAGACAGGUCUUGGGGUCCUCGGCUUUCCGCAUGUUGGCGUGGCAUGUCCUCAUGGGGAACCAGGUCAUCUGGAAAGCGCAGGAUCGAGACCUCAUCCAGUCCGCCUUUGAUGUCCUGCGGACCAUGUUGCCUGUGGGCUGCGUUCGGAUCAUCCCUUACAGCGACCAAUACGAGGAGGCUUACCGGUGUAACUUCUUGGGCCUUGGCACCCAAGUGCAAAUCCCGUCUCACGUAUUGUCAUCUGAAUUUGCCGUCCUUGUGGAAGUCCGCACUGCUACGAGGUCCAGCCUUUACCCUGUCCUGUUUGAGGAUGACCAGCCCCUCAGUAAAUACGAGUUCGUUGUUACCAGCGGCAGCCCUCUGGCAGCAGACAGAGUUGGUCCUACCAUCCUGAACAAGAUUGAAGCUGCUCUGAUGAACCAGAACCUCUCGGUGGAUGUGGUGGACCAGUGCCUUGUUUGCCUGAAGGAGGAGUGGAUGAAUAAAGUGAAGGUCCUCUUUAAGUUCACCAAAGUGGACAGCAGGCCCAAGGAAGAUACCCAAAAGUUGCUGAGUAUCUUGGGAGCCUCUGAAGAGGAUAAUGUCAAGCUUCUGAAGUUCUGGAUGACGGGCUUGAGUAAGACCUACAAGUCGCACUUGAUGUCGACAGUUCGCAGUCCAACUUCUCUGGAGUCACGGAACUAGCCUGAGGAACUCUGGUUGCAUUUAGUGAAUUUCUGUCAAUCCUUUCGUUUUGUGCGCGAUGGAGGAGCAUGGAUAUCCUGGUGCAACAGUCUAUAGGCCGACUGAGACAGAAAGGCAAAGGUUCAAGGAAGGUCCAUUGGUUUCAAAACUGCAUACACCAAAGACUUUCCACCUUUCAUGUACUGCACCACCAUUUGGGUUUCUAUGAGGUUACAAACUCUCCUUUCUCUUGAAACGCUCUAAUUUAUUGCUGUUACACGGGGUUUUCAGUAUCUGCCAUUUGAUGAAGACAGUCUGAGCCCGUCUUUUGUUCCUUUGUUCCUUCUAAUCAAUGGUGGCAUCAGAUGAAUUAAAAUCCAACCUCCAUAAUCACCAGCGUUCACUUGCAGUGUUGCCAAUGUGGAAUGCCUGUGAAUUUUCUGAAAUUAGACUGGGAGUUUUCAUGCUGCUGAUGGAAUGUCCUGGUUAAGUCACUUCCUGCUGUAUCUCAAAAUAAAAUUAAGGGAUAGCUGUUUGAUGUUAGAAUUCACUCAGCUGUAUUUGGGAAAUCAGAAAUGCAUCCUUAAAUUGAGCUGUAUUCUUUAGUCUAAUAUUGAGACUGAAUUGUCUUGUAUGGAAAGGGAAACUUCCGUAUUUUUCAUUAGCUUGGGAGAUUUUGCCACCAACAACUCUCAGUUGAAUUCUGGUGGAAGGUAAUGUAAAAACGUAUUUGUAUCUGGUUUAUAAAAAAAAUGCUGGGUGCCUGGCCUCCAAGCCAGUAGCUCUUUUGUCAGUAGCGAAUAGAAAGAAAGCAAAACUGUAGUGGGUUUUUAAAUUCAUUGCACCAAAACCAGAUAUUAUUAUGAGACCCUAUUCCUACAUGUUGACAAAACCAUAUUAAUUUUAUUGGAAAAGGUAUUUAGGGAGCAGUGAAGCUAU